UCAGGCCACCCUGUGAGAGCAAUGAUGUAGCCCUCCCGCGGACCGCCGUCCGCCCAGCGCCUCACUCAGCCGCACACACGUGAUGAAGGACACGACGCACAGGUUGUCCUCGAAGACGGACUUGGUGUCGUUGUCCACCAGUCCGGCCUCGUGAGACCACUCAAACAGAGCCGCUGCAUCCUCCCGACACGAAUCGCAGCGCACGAGCUCCUCCAUUUCGGUAUAGGGGAGGAUGUUGUCGCCUCGCUGCACUUUGCCAUCUGAGGUCACUACGUCAGCCGGACGGAAGACCCACAAGAGUUGCAGGAGCUUCAGCCGCCUUGGGUCACGCCAGCCGGGAGGGAGGGGAUCCGACUCAUUGGCGGGCUGGAGCCAGGGCUGGAGGAUCCGCCGGAAGGGCGAGCAAGCCACGAGCGACGAUGAGAUGGCAAGAAAGACAGCGCAGAGAGGAAUCCUUAUCGGAUACCGUCUCAUCCCCUCCAU